GAAGAUGAAGAAAGUGGAGCAGAGGAGGAAGGAGAGAACCAAGAAGACGAAGAGAGUGGAGCAGAGGAGGAAGGAGAGGGAGAGGAUAAGGAAGGUAGUGAAAGUAAAGAAAAUGAGGAGGGGGAGGAAGAAGAGGACGAGGGAAAGGAUGAAGAAAGUGGAGAAGGUGAGGAUGAUGCAGGAGAGGGGGAAGCAGUUGAGGGUGAGGAUGAAAAGGAAGGUGAAAAGGAUGAGAACAACGAAGUUGAAGAGGGUGAGGAGGGACGAGAAGAUGAUGAGAAAGAAGCCAGGGGAGAGGAAGAGGUUGAAGGUGGAAAAGGUGAGGAAGAGGAGGAGGAAGAAGAAGAAGAGGGAGACAAAGAAGCAGAAGGAGAAAAGGAAGGAGAGGAGGAGGAGGAAGAAGAAAGACAGCAAGGAGAGGGGGAGGAUG